AUGUCUUAUGAUAUUAGCACAUUCUCAUUGGAAGAUGAGAGUCAAGAUAAAAGAAGUAAAUGUUCAAAGGAAGAACACCAGGAAAAUCACCAUUUUAGAAAAGAAUUUUCAGAUUUGAAAAACGAUUUUAAAAUUAUGAAAGCUGAAUUAGAAAUAAGAAUCAGGAAAUUAGAAGUAAUAAUGGGAAUUAAAGAUAAAAGAACUAUAAAAUUAGAAAAAGAAAAAUUAGUCUUAUCAGUUACCUUUUUAUUUGAUUUAUAUCUUAAUUCAAUACUACCACAAUGGAUAGCAGACAAUUUACCAGAAAUUAAGAAAUACCAAAGUAGACAAAUAUAUAAAAUCUGUACCACAUAUUCAGAAACAGUACCAAAAGCUUAUACAUUUCAAUACCCCUUCAGCACUAAUCUUGAUUUAAAAGAUUUUAAAAACAAAUAUAUACAGGAUAAGAAUUUUUUAGAUUGUAUUAGAGAAAAACAAGGUUUGGAUUUAAUAACACUAAACAAUUAUAUUGUCCAUCGACAUCCAAACCACAAGGAAUACUAUCUCAAUAAAAUUAAAGGUAUUCCAGAAUUUUUAAAUUCACACAGGGGCAAGAUUCGAGAAUCCAUAGAAAUAACUGAAGAUCUUGUUUCGAUUUUGCCUUAUGGUUCAUAUUUAUCAAUAUCAAUUAAAAGUUUAGUUGCCCAAAUCGGAAUAAAAUAUCCACCAAUAUUUAAUUUUAUUCAUACUGAGCAAACUUUCACAUUCGCACCAUCAACUAAUCAUAAAAAAAUUAUCAUUUCGGUGUCUGCUUAA